GGCUACCCAUGGAAAUCUAGAAAAGGGCAAACGAGUUUAGGAACCGUGACGUAGCCGUCACACCGGCUGGUUGACUGACUUCAAAGCUUUGGCAGUGUAGCUAGUGCUGUGAGAAUGACCGACAGUGACCUCAAACAAACCGUGUUUUGACGGCUAGGAGAGCACCUUUUCGCCUUUUGAUUAGCAAUUUUGUAGAACAUAUUUCGUUUUUGCCAAGAGGGAUCCUUGUAGUCUAGCCAAAGAGAGAAAUUAAAUAUUAAUUUCGCUGAGUGUAGUGGUUGCUUUUUGGGCGCACGAGUGACCUCAUUGCCUCGCUUUGGUAGCACGUCAAGCGCGGCGCUGUAUGGUUAUUAGCAGCUAUAGCUAGCAAAAACAAUGGAUAAAGCCAAAUCUAUGAUAGACAAAAAAGGACAUUGUUAUACAAAUGGACUGCAACGGGACCUUCAUGCUCAGGUUAGCAACGGCAUCUGCAGUGCAUACAGUUCUAGCGCUAACACUAGUGGGGACAGCAGCAAUAUCGUUUCUGAAAAUCUCCAUCCCGACGAUGACCAACUGAAUGGGUCCCCUGCAAAGAGAUGCAGGUUACGACGUCGAGUCGAGUCCCUGAAGAGGAAUAGACCACCCUUCCCCUGGUUUGGCAUGGACAUCGGGGGCACGCUGGUGAAGCUGGUCUACUUCGAGCCCAAGGACAUCACGGCGGAGGAGGAGCAGGAGGAGGUGGAGAACCUGAAGAGCAUCCGCCGCUACCUCCUGUCCAACGUGGCCUACGGCAAGACGGGCGUGCGCGACGUGCACCUGGAGCUCCGCAACCUGACCAUGUGCGGCCGCACGGGGAACCUGCACUUCAUCCGCUUCCCCACGCAGGCCAUGCACCGCUUCAUCCAGAUGGGCCGCGACAAGAACUUCUCCAGCCUGCACACCACGCUCUGCGCCACCGGGGGAGGGGCCUACAAGUUUGAGAAUGACUUCAUGGCGAUGGCUGACCUGGAGCUGCUGAAGCUGGAUGAGCUGGACUGUCUGAUCCACGGCCUGCUCUUUGUGGACCAGGUGGGCUUCAACGGCCACCCAGAGUGCUACUUCUUUGAGAACCCGUCGGACACGCAGAGCUGCGUGAAGCGCCCCUGCAGCCUGGAAGACCCCUUCCCCAUGCUGCUGGUCAACAUCGGCUCCGGGGUCAGCAUCCUGGCCGUCCACUCCCAGGACCAGUAUAAACGGGUCACCGGCACCAGUCUGGGAGGUGGUACGUUCCUGGGCCUGUGCUGCUUGCUGACUGGCUGUGAGACAUUUGAGGAGGCAUUGGAGAUGGCCAGUAAAGGGGACUCGACCAAUGUAGACAAGCUGGUGAAGGACAUCUACGGAGGAGACUAUGAACGCUUUGGUCUGCAGGGCUCGGCAGUCGCCUCCAGCUUCGGACAGAUGAUGUGUAAGGAUAAGAGGGACAGCAUCAGUAAGGAGGACCUGGCCAGGGCCAUGCUGGUCUCCAUCACCAACAACAUUGGCUCCAUUGCGCGCAUGUGUGCUGUGAACGAGAAAAUUGAACGGGUAGUUUUCGUGGGAAACUUCCUACGGAUCAACACAGUGUCUACCAAGCUUCUAGCGUACGCCAUGGACUUCUGGUCAAAGGGACAGCUCAAGGCCCUGUUCCUUGAACAUGAGGGGUACUUUGGGGCAGUUGGGGCAUUAAUGGAGCUGUUAAAAACCCCAGAGGAGUCCUGAGGUGGAUGUCAUCGACACAUCAACCCACCGUGCUGCUGGAAGGUUCUUUCUGAGAUCGCUACAGGAAACGAAAAAGAAAACGGAUACCGGAAAAAGCCAUUUAAUAAUUUAACAACUUGUAAAUAUCCUCCAUCUCCCUAAAUCCCUAAAAAUAGAGAUUUUUUAUUAUUGUGACUAAUUUAAAGGUUUAGUGUAAUCCCUGGUUGGUUUAUGUGUCCAGGGACAUGUUAUAGAGUUGUGCAUGUUAAAAUAUUUGGUACUCUGCGUAAAUGGCUACUGUAAGAAGUCUAGCGAUACUUUACAGUGCACUAAAGCCAAAACCUGUUAGGUUUCUAUCAGUCUUUCUUUCCAGUCUAGUUAGAAAAAGGGAAAAGUAUUCAUUCUCCUGCUGUUUCUUCAUCUCCCUCCUUCUGAAUCUCCCUACAAAACAUGGCCUUCGCUUUUCCUCCUCUACCCUUGAACAACACACUGUUGAUAGGUAAAAGUUGGGGAUUUGCUUCAGUCUUAUCAAAUGCAGGGACCAACAGGCUGGGUUGAUGAGGCUAGUCUCCUAUUAGCAGGACCUCUCACUCGUCGACAGGAUGCAGCUGUUCCCUUUUUACAGGUGUUCCUUCCAUCGCCGUUGGUAUGAGACUUUUAGGGUGUGGUGGGGGCUGGGUACCUUGGUGUUUUCCCAGGCACCGCACCGCCCCAAAGCUGAACUCUGAGCGCCUACCUUACCCUCAUAUCUGCCUUCUCUGUCUCUAAGAGAGCGUGCCCUUCCCACACUGUCUUGUCCAGACCCCUGCCCUGCCCAACCAACCCAGGGGUAUGUUCGGAUGUGAAACCGUUCACAACAAUGUGAAUUUCAUCAUCAUGCUCUAAUAACAUAUUGAUGGAAUGACUGGCAAAAUGUCGGUGUAUGAUUUUAACAUUCUGUCUGCAGUCUUUCUCUGUUGGAAUUGUAGGGGGACUUUUACUGUAGAUCUGUUGUCUUCCAGAUUGAUAUUGGAAAUCAUCGAUUUCUAGUUAUUUCAAAUGAAUAUGCUUGAAAGACUUUAACACUAUACCAAGUGUGCAUUCAUUACCUAUUACUAUAGGUAGCAGGAAUGCCAAUCACAACUGACCAGCCAAUUGUUCAUUAAUGCAUGUACAAUGAUGCAACCACCAGUACAGUACAGAAUGAUUUCUGUACUUUCUAAUGUUGCAUUUUGGCAACCCCCUCUGAAACAGAAUGUCAAUCCUGUGUCCGGUGUUAGGACAUCCCAGAAGGUUCUGAUCCCUGUGAUUUAUAUGUUUGUGUGUUCCGACGGUGUCUGUUCUGCCUUCCUUCUUUUCUUAUUGAUCUCAGUGACCUCACCCAGUCAGGUGCCACUUUGGAUAGCCCCUAUUGGCUACUCUGUGCCACCCUACCUUCAUCUCAACCCUGAUUGGUUGCCUUUGUGUUACUCUACAUGUCAGUGCCCUACACUUUCCUAUGUUUGUUGUUGUUGUUGUUGUUGUUUUUUACUCAUUGAGCAUUUCUGUUUUGUUGCUUUCCUGUUUUUCACAUGCUUUUCUAUGUUUCUGCCCAGUUAGAUCAUAAGGAAUAGUUGAUUGAGAAUUAUUCUCUGGUACUCUCUUUUUUUUUGUGAACUUGGUUUGCUGGAAGUAUAUACCUGUUGCCAUGUUUAAUGCUGGGGGACAAAUCCUUAUUCUGAAAUGGGAGGAUAAAUGUUUGUAUUUUAUUAUAAUUUAAAAAAAUUGUAGGUUAAGCUUUCAGUUGUCUGUGAUAGCUAAUAAUGCUAGCAUGACUUGUCCCCAUAUGCAUUUAUGCACUUAUAAAUCUGAAUAGCUGGAUCUCUAUGUAAAGUUCUCUGCUGCUCCUAACUCCAGUUUACUGGUCUAACCUUUCUGUCUGAGGAAAGGAAUGACACAUGAUUUAUGUUUGACCCCUUACAGAAGAUGACUGGAGAUUAGAUUUUUGUUUUUAAAGUGAAGACUACUUGUUCCAGUCUAUAGUGUAUUAACUGCAUUAUCGUAACCAAUGAGGCCAUCUCAGGGCUCUUUAAGAUUACAGAUUGUGGUGUCCCUGUGCUGGAUGUGAUUGGAUAGUAUGAUCCCAGUUUAUAGUAUGUAGCCCAGUGUAUGUAGUUAACAUAUUUGAAGCUUUAUCUCUCCUUUGGAUCCAUAUAUAUAUAUACGCCUAUUUGACACUCCAGAAGACCACCUUUUAAAUCUAGUAUUACAUUUUGGUGCAUGAAAUCUAAAAAAUCAUUGUUUACGGCUGAGGCCUUAUUCGGAGUGUACAAAAUGUAUUCAUCAAAUUAACAUGCGUCUAGUCCCAUUCUAAAGACCAUAGAUUUAGAGUGAAGAUCUAAAAGUAUCCCGCCCACCCUCAACAUUAAACAGUGUUCCUGAUCAGACAGGGCCUGGAUGACAGGGAUGAAAACUAGUUACACAGUAGCUUCUCUAUUUGAUUUCCAUGUGAAGAUCAAAACUGUGCACAAUAACCAAUAACAAGCAAGCAUUGCUGGGUUAAAUUCUUAAAUGUCUCUAAGAAUCCUGUUUGUAAGAUUGAAUUGAUUAUGUUUCUAGCUGCUGUUUUGAGUGAACAUUACUAACUGGGUUGUUAUAUUUAGCAGAUGGACCAGGUCAGGUCUGUAUUACUGUCAAUGUGAUUGUAGAAAAUUGUAAAUAUUAUAUUCACCGGCAAUCUGUUAAGAAUAUGUCGGACCUACUGUUGGUGGUGUAUUAUUGCUGUUAAAUUUGUCUUGAAAAGAAAAUAUAACAGAGUAACGGAUAAUUUGCUGCUGCUGAGUGCAAUGUGCUUAUGUGAAUAGAUUUCGUUUUUCUAAAAAGAAAUACAAUUUGUACAAAGGGAAUAAACAAAACUACAAGAGUG